AGUAAGUCCGGUAUACCAGUCAUGUUUCGCUUCAGUCUCGUUCAACUCCUCGGUUCGUCCGGAUCAAAAAUGAAAGUUUACGCACUGGCAUCGAAGUCAAUCGACACAAACUGACGUUCUAGGCACGUGGACGAAGAUAAACAGACAUACUAGAACUCCCGUUUCCAUGGUGGAGCGAAAGUGAAGUUCCAACAAUGCUGUUGACAAGACAUGAAAAUGUGGUUAUGCAUGUAGUGUUUUUCAUUUUGUUCGCGCUGGGAAUCAAUGGCAAGCCGUCAUUUUCCUUGAAUUUUCCCGCGUUCGGGCCGUUUGCUAACUUUGGGAAGGAACCGAAGCAGAGUUUGAAGAGUUACAGCGGAAAAAGGGUGACCAACGACUCCAUCCGGAUGGUUUAUUUCAACUAUCAGACUGUCGCAGUGGUGGAAUUGGGGCCCAACAAGUUGCUUCUAAAUUGUGAACUGAUUGAGAUUUUCGAACCGGACCAAGUAUUUUCGGUCCUGGGACAACUGAAAUCAAGAGCUCGUCCAGUAGGCGUCACCUUUCAAGAGAUGACAACUUUGAUGGACCAGUGCAAGCAACUCGAAGACAUGUCGUAUUCCAGUAAACACGAAGAGCUGCUGAAGAAUGAAUCCCUUGAUAGGGACGAGCAGGCGAGAGGAGCGAAGAAUCCUUUCACCUUGCUCAGUGGUAUUAUACCAGGUACCAGGUGGUGUGGAACUGGAGACAUAGCUAGAAACUAUUUCGACCUUGGAGCAGAACCAAAAGUGGACUCCUGUUGCAGAUUGCACGACCUAUGUCCGGUCAAGAUACGAGCCUAUUCCGAAAAGUACAAUCUGACCAACAACUCUUUGUACACGAAAUCGCACUGCAAGUGCGAUGAUGACCUGUUCCACUGUUUGAAGGCCCAGAACCAGUCCCAUGUAGCUAAUAUUAUGGGAAAUAUUUAUUUCAAUAUAGUUCAAGUGCCUUGCAUAGAAGAAUCAAAAUCGGGGUGGAAGUUUAGGACUGCUAGAAAUAGUUUCUGAUGGGAUUUUAAAAUUAACCUCUUUUAUGCGCAUGAGCUGUGAAUUUUAUGCAUAGAAAGUGUACCUUUAUUUAUUGUGGAAAAGAAAUUAUUUGCACUUCG